AUGGUGCGCGAAACCAAGGAAGUACUCAAGCGCAUGGUUGGAGGCAGUAUCGACACACGUCUGGUUAGGUUUUUAAUGACCCAGCAUAUCCUGCCUCAUGCUACAACAGGCAAAAGCCCAGCCGAAUUGCUAAUGGGCAGGAAACUUUCAACUCUGUUAGAGCGUCUGCAUCCUGACCUGCAGUCCAGUGUGCAGCAGAAACAAGAGCAGGUGAUGCAGCGCCUUAACCAGGCAGUGCGACUGUUUGAAGUGGGGGAUCGAGUGUUUGUGCGCAACUAUCUCUAUGGGCCCAAGUGGUUGCCAGGCAUUGUGGAUUCUGUCACUGGACCAGUGUCGUACUUGGUCGUCACAAAGGAUGGACGUCGGUGGAGACGGCAUGUUGAUCAACUCAGAAGUCGUUCUUCCAGCUACGCAUUGGACAGUUCCACUUCUGGAAUGUGCGAAGAGGAGGAACCGUUGGUUGCUUCCCCGGCAGAGUGUUUCGAAAUUGGCAUUCCUUCAAGCCCAGAGGACCCUGGAAGACGGGACCAAAGAGAAAUACGAGAGGAGGCUGCAACACCCAGUACCGAACCUGGUUCCUGUGGUGAGGACAGUGAAGUGAGCGCAUCCCUUCCACCGAUCAAGAUGUCAUACAAGAACACCAGCACACCAUCAAUACCAUGCAACAGUUCUUCCAUAGCCACUGAAAAAUAG